CUCCCUCCUCUUCCUCUUCCUCUCUCCGACUCUGGAAUGGUCUCUCUCUCGGUCUCAGGCUCUUCUUGUUCUUGGCCUGCUUCUCGAUUUGAUUAGCAGCAGCCGGGAGAAGGAAAAGUUUCAGGUGAACAUCUAAGAUGGAUGACCACAUGGGAAGACGGACGGUUGGCGGCCUUCUCUUCACCAAAGGUGGUUCAAUUCUUCUCUUCAGAGAAGACAGUGCACGUCAUAAGGCCACCAAUUGCUGCACGCGACACGGUUGCAGCAGUAAGCAUUUGGCUGGCAAAGACAGGCAAACACACAGGACAGCAGCAGCAGCAGCAGCGAAGGAAGCAUCAGAAACCCCUCGGAAAUCACAACUAUUCAGAAAACCCAGCACAAGGACUCCUCAGAGAAGUACUGCUUCUGAGAGCAUCAGCAGGAAUGUUGCAAGCUCCUCUAGUGAAAAUGACAAUAUGCCAAGAGAAACACCUGGGCGUGAUUUAAUUGCUCGUCUCAAAGAGAGGGUCAAUGCAUCAAGAAAACGAUCACUGAACAGAGAAAACAGUCCAUCGUCACCAAAUGGAUUAAGUGCUACUUCCUCAAGUAGUAACCGCGCUAUCUCAAGACCAUUGCAUCGGGCGGCUUCUCGGAUAAGGAAAGCAGACGAAGGUGCAAAUACAGGGGCUGUAAAUGUACACAGAAAUAACAGUGGAGAUACCAGGAGGAAUCCAGAUAGUGAAGUUGAUGAUUUCUUGCUAGUUGAGCAGGCAGCAAGAGAGAGUACUGAAGGGUUCAUAUCUGGAUUCUUGGCAAGAUAUAGAAGUUCUCAUCAGGGAAGAUUUUCAUCUUUGGAGGACAGCAUAGAGGAUGCAAAUGGAUAUUGGCGCUUUGAUAUGGAAGGGACUGAAGAGCUUGAGAACUACUUCAUAUUCAAUGAUCGGCACAGAGGGAUGAGAAUGGACAUUGAUGGCAUGUCUUAUGAGGAAUUGCUAGCGCUGGGUGAGCGAAUCGGCACCGUAAGCACUGGCCUUUCAGAAGACACGUUGUCCAAGUGUCUAAACAGAAGCAUGUACAUGGCCACAGCUCCAGGAACUCAUGAAGAUUCUGACAGAAAAUGCAGCAUAUGCCAGGAGGAGUAUUCAGCUGGUGAGGAGGUAGGCAAGAUGGUAUGCAAACAUUACUACCACUUCUCCUGCAUACAGAACUGGCUCCGGCAGAAGAACUGGUGUCCCAUCUGUAAAUCCGUCGCCCUGAAUACCAACUAGAACUCUAGCAGUGUGCUCAAGUGUACAGAUUCUCCAUGAAUGUUCUAUCUAGACACAGUUUGUAUUCUUUUUUGCUACUCUUUUAGAUCGAAUCAUUCAUUCGCAUCCUCCAAACCUGUUGAAAUUAUUGGUCUCCUACAGUUCACAUUGUACAGUGAGAACAUGGAAAGGGAUCAGGAAAUAACUCCUGGAAAAAGUGAAGAAAAAAAAGAUUCCUCUUUCUGUC